CAUUGAACAGAAUUGACUGUCCCCAAAAGCAAGUAGUCAAAAUUUCCGGCACUUUAACCAUGAGCUUGGAGCAAAACUUGACCGCUGCCCUGUCGCAGUCGCCGGAGAACAAGGCGGAGGAGGCGUGGCCGGCGGAUGCCCAACUGUACCAGCCACCGGAAGAGAGUCAACUGUUGCUUCCGGAGCGUUCCAGCUGCCUGGCGGUGAAGACCUACCUGCGUAUGUGUGGCCUGCCAAUUGUGGAGAAGAUCAGCGACAAUGCGGAGUUCAUGUCGCCGGGUGGCCGGCUGACCCAUCUGCCGCUCCUCCGUUUGGGCCCGGUCAAGACCUUUGCUGAAUUCGAGCCCAUUGUGGCCCAGGUGGAGAGCAUGCAGGCGGGCCACGCCCUGGGCAGCUGGAUGUCCGAGGAUCAGCGCGAUAAUGUCCGAAGUCUGGUGAACUAUGUGGAGAACGUCUUCACGCUGGCCGAGAUUCACAUGAGCUUCGUGGAUGCGGUCAACUAUCAGUGGUACACGGCACCGCGCAGUGGGGCUGCUCGUCCGUGGCCCUUGAGUAUGCUCCGUCGGUGGGCCAAGCGGAAGGAGGCGAUACGCAUACUGAAGGUCUACCAGUGGGAUGAUCUGCACAACGACCAGCUGCUCCACGAGUUGGGCGUCUGUGCCGACCAACUGGUCGACCAGAUGGAGCAGAACCAGCUGGAGGAGCCCUAUUUCUGUGGAUCGCGGCCCUGUGCGCUGGACGCCCUGGUCUUCGGCCAUGUGUCAACCAUCAUGACCACCAAGUUGCCCAACAUGGCGCUGGCCAGGGUGCUGAUCAACUAUCCACCUCUAUUGGCCCAUUGUUGGCGCAUCGAUCGGAGCGUGUUUGGGGGCAAAAUUCUGGGCAACGAGCCGGAGGUGGAGGUGCUGGAGUAGCCAGAGUAGCUGGAGUAACUGGAGUAACUGGAGUAACUGGAGCAGCUGGAGUAGCUGGA